GCGUCAUUGGAGAGGGACGACGAUGGCGGCGGUCGGUGCACCAGAAGUGAUCACACAGCUGGAAGGCGCUGCCAAAGUUUUAAUGGCACCGCCGUCCAUGGUCAGCACCGAGCAGAGGCAACAUGCUGAACACGUGUUCCUCUCCUUCAGGAAGUCCAAGUCUCCCUUUGCCAUCUGCAAGCACAUCCUCGAGACCAGUAAGGUGGACUAUGUGCUGUUCCAGGCAGCCACAGCCGUCAUGGAGGCCGUCGUGCGGGAGUGGAUCCUGCUGGAGAAGACCAGCAUCGAGUCGCUGCGGACGUUCCUCCUCACCUACGUCUUACAAAGACCCAAUCUGCAGAAGUACGUCCGGGAGCAGAUCCUGUUGGCUGUGGCCGUCAUCGUGAAGAGGGGCUCGCUCGACAAAUCCAUAAACUGCAAAAGCAUCUUCCUCGAGGUCGGACAGCUCAUAAGCAGCGGGAACCCCACAGUGCAAACGCUGGCCUGCUCCAUCCUGACGGCACUGCUCAGUGAGUUCUCCAGCUCCAGUAAGACCAGCAGUAUCGGCCUCAGCAUGGAGUUCCAUGGCAGCUGCAAGCGUCUGUUCCAGGAGGAAAGCCUGCGUGAGAUCUUCAUGUUGACCAUGGAGGUGCUGCAGGAGUUCAGCCGACGAGAGAACCUCAGCGCCCAGAUGUCGUGCGUCUUCCAGCGCUACCUGACUCUGGCCAACCAGGUCCUCAGCUGGAACUUUCUGCCGCCCAAUCUGGGGCGCCACUACAUCGCCAUGUUCGAGGCCACGCAGAACGUCACGCUCAAGCCGUCCGAGUCCUGGAGGGAGGCGCUGCUGGACACCCGCGUCAUGGACCUCUUCUUCACCGUGCACAGGAAGAUCCGCGAGGACUCGGACAUGGCCCAGGACUCCCUGCAGUGCCUGGCCCAGCUGGCCUCCAUGCACGGGCCCAUCUUCCCCGACGAGAGCGCCCAGGUCUCCUACCUGGCUCACCUGGUGGAGGGGCUGCUGAGCAUGAUCAACGGGAUUGAGAUCGAGGACUCGGAGGCGGUGGGCAUCUCCAAUAUCAUCUCCAAUCUGAUCACCAUGUUCCCCCGGAGUAUUUUAACAGCACUGCCCAGCGACCUCUUCACCUCUUUCAUCAACUGCCUCACUCUGCUCACCUGCUCGUUUGGACGCAGCGCCGCCCUGGAGGAGGUGCUGGACAAGGACGACAUGGUUUACAUGGAGGCGUACGACAAGCUGCUGGAGUCGUGGCUGACGCUCGUCCAGGACGAGGAGCAUUUCCCCCGCGGCUGCUUUGUGCAGCCGGCGAUCCAGGUCUUCAACUCGUACAUCCAGUGUCACCUCGCCGCUCCUGACGGCACACGCAACCUGUCAGUGAACGGCAUAUCGUCUCACGAAGAGGAAGAGAUCAACGAGCUGCAGGAGGACGACAGGGAGCUCUUCUCAGACCAGCUGUCCAGCAUCGGCAUGCUGGGCCGCGUGGCCGCCGCCCACUGCAUCCCCCUGCUCACGAGCCUGCUGGAGGACCGGGUGACGCGGCUGCACGGUCAACUCCAGAGGACGCAGCAGCACCUCAUGGCCGCGUCUGACCUCGGAACGGUGGACCGCAAAGUCCUGGACGACCUCUACGAGGACAUCCACUGGCUCAUACUGGUCUCAGGGUACGUGUUGGCAGACGACCCUCAGGGCGAAACCCCGGUGAUCCCCACCGAGGUGAUGGAGUUCUCCAUCAAACACUCGACGGAGGUGGACAUCAACACCACGCUGCAGAUCCUGGGCUCGCCGGGGGAGAAGGCCUCGUCCAUACCGGGCUGCAACCGCACAGACUCCGUCAUCAGGUUUUCUAAGGCUUUGGCGUUCGGCAUCCAGAGCUUCUACAAACUGAGAAAAUGUGUGAGGUUACUGUCGGCGGUGCUGCGGACGUCAGAGGUGGAAUCCAGGGCGACCAGGGCGAGUCUGACGGAGCUGCUGAGUCCGCAGAUGGGAAAGGACAUCAUGUGGUUCCUCAGACGCUGGGCCAAGACGUACCUGCUGGUGGACGAGAAGCUCUACGAGCAGAUCAGCAUCCCCCUGAGCACGGCGUUUGGUGCGGACACGGAGGGGGCCCAGUGGAUCGUGGGAUACCUCCUGGAGAAGGUGAUCAACAACCUGUCGGUGUGGAGCUCGGAGCCGGAGCUGGCCAACGACACCGUGGAGCUGCUGGUGACGCUGGUGGAGAAGAGGGAGAGGGCGAACAUCGUGGUGCAGUGCGAGAGCUGGUGGAACCUGGCGAAGCAGUUCGCCAGUCGCAGUCCGCCGCUCCACCUGCUGUCCAGCUCGGUGCAGAGGACGCUGAUGAAGGCGCUGGUGCUCGGGGGCUUCGCCCACAUGGACUCUGACACCAAGCAGCAAUACUGGGCCGAGGUCCUCCACCCUCUUCAGCAGCGGUUCCUCAACCUCAUCAACCAGGAGAACUUCGCUCAGAUCAGCCAGGAGGAGUCCGUCAAACAGGAGAUCGUCGCUACACUGGAGGCGUUGUGCGGCAUCGCCGAGGCGACGCAGAUUGACAACGUGGCCUCGCUCUUCUCCUUCCUCAUGGACUUCUUGUCCAGCUGCAUUGGCCUCAUGGAGGUUUACAGCAACACGCCCGAGACGAUCAACCUCAUUAUUGAGGUUUUUGUGGAAGUGGCUCACAAGCAGAUCUGUUACCUGGGAGAGACCAAGUCCAUGAAGUUGUACGAGGCGUGUCUGACGCUGCUGCAGGUGUACUCCAAGAAUAACCAGAGUCGGAAGCGGAGCGACGUCACGGCCGAGGAGGACCAGUACCAGGACCUGCUGCUCAUCAUGGAGCUGCUCACCAACCUGCUCUCCAAGGAGUUCAUCGACUUCAGCGACACAGAUGAAGUGUUUCGGAACCAGGACCAGGGAACACCGGCCUCCGGUCGGACGGUGUCGGCAGCAGACGUGGUCCUUUACGGCGUCAAUAUUGUUCUUCCGCUCAUGUCUCAGGACCUGCUGAAGUUCCCGUCUCUGUGUAACCAGUACUACAAGCUCAUCACCUUCAUCUGCGAGAUCUUCCCAGAGAAGAUCCCUCAGCUACCGGAGGAACUCUUCAAGAGCCUCAUGUUCUCCCUGGAGCUGGGGAUGACCUCGAUGAGCUCAGAGAUCAGUCAGCUGUGUCUGGAGGCUUUGUCUCCUCUGGCAGAACAGUGCGCCAAGAACCAGGAGAAGGACACGCCCCUCUUCAUCGCCACCCGUCACUUCCUCAAGUUGGUGUUUGACAUGCUGGUCCUGCAAAAACACAACACAGAGAUGACGGUGGCGGCAGGAGAAGCUCUGUACACACUCGUGUGCCUGCAUCAGGCCGAGUACUCGGAGCUGGUGGAGACCCUGCUCUCGUCGCAGCGAGACGCUGUCAUCUACCAGCGGCUGGCCGACGCCUUCAACCAGCUGACGGCCGGCAGCACGCCGCCCACCAUGGACCGCAAGCAGAAGGUGGCCUUCCUCAAGAGCCUGGAGGAGUUCGUGGCCAACGUGGGCGGACUGCUCUGCGUGAAAUAACCACCGGGCAACCGCCGCUGCCUCGAAUCAUCAUUGACCCCCCUCCUGCCUGCCCCCCUCCCCUCUAUCCCUAUGAACUAUGGGUAAAAGAGAGACAGCUCUGAGGACCACUUGGUCUCUGCACCUGCUGAGGGGGGGGUUCAUCUCAUGCCUGAACAUCCUCCUGGUUUUUUAAAAAAAAUUUCGUCCUCCUCCCCACAUGUUACACCCCCCCACUCCUGUCCUGUCUCGCCAGCAUGAGCAUGAUGAUGAUGAUGAUGAUGAUGAUGUGGUAACCGUGGAGACUAAGCUGCAGAGCAGGCCGGACUCACUUGGAGGAUCCUGCCCUGUCGCUCUGAAGAGACAGAGCGCUGAUGUUGAAGGGGGGGUGUGUCUUCCCCCAGCACCUCCUCAUAUGCCUGGAGGUCUCCAGAACACACACACACAAACACACAAACACACAGUCUCGUCAAGCGUCAAACAGGUUGCUUUUGUUGAAAAAGAAAGGAGAACUUUUUCCAGUUUGAGGUUUUGUAGAUGAAAGUCGAGGGGCCUUGGCGACACACACACACACACACACACACGUCGCUCCCAGAGUGCCUUUGAUUUGUUGAUUGUUCUGUGUGUGUGUGUGUGCGUGUUUGUUUGUGUGUGUUUGGAUCAUGUCAACUGAUGACAAACAUUGAUUGUGCCUGACAUUCGCCCCCCCAAAAAAGAAAUACAGCGAAUACACACACUGACAAAAACACACACACACACACACACACACGUGCGAAAUGUUGCCAUGACGACAAAGCUAUUGCCCCGGCCUGGCUGUCUUUGGGCCGAACCACAGAGCACAGGAGGGCGUUUGUCAGUUGGCGAUGACAGAAAAACCAAAAUCAGAGUGCAUUUCACUAAAAGGGUAUAAAGGUAUAUACAUAUAUAUAUAUGUAUAAAUAUAUAUAUAUAUAUGUAAAAAAAAAUCAAACCAGAAAUCUUACAGAUGUGUUCAUUCAAAGACAAAAAGAGAAAAACCGGACUGAGAUGUUUUUUUAUCUGCCAGUAGACGGCUGCUGGAAAAAGUAGUUUGAGUUCAAACUUUGUAUGAAGAGGGAGCAACUUUUUUCUGUGUCGACCUUUUUGCAGUUUGAUAUUUUGGAAUCAUAGUAUUUGCGUUGCCGCAGCAGCAGAACUCCUCCUCCUCGUCCCUCUGGACAGAUGAAGACCCGCGAGAGACGGAAUCCGGGGCCUCUAAAAGUUUAGCAGAUGAAUUUCAGUAGUUACAUUUUGUUUUGUUUUUUCCGUUCAGCAGCACAUCCACAUGUUCAGCUCACACUGGAACGAAGCAGAGACUGUUGAAGAAAGCAGCAAUAACGAACCAAAAACAAAGGAGCAGAGCGGCUCGCUGCAGCGUUGCGUUCCUCCUUGCUCACGGCACGACCCCUGGUUUAUUGUAGAGAGGCUGUUUUGUUAAUGAAGUGUAAAAGUGUACAUAAAGUUAUUGUAUAAAAAUG